AUGAAUAAAAGAUCAUAUCAGUCCGAUAAUACUGACAAACGGCGCCGAGUCGAUAUUUCACUACUAAAUUUGCCUACCGAUAUUCUAGUUAUUUGCUUUCAACAAUUAUCAUCAACUGAUAUAACAAAUCUCUCGUGUGUGAGUAAGCAAUAUCGAGAGGAGUUAAUUCAUUUUGUUUUCAAUAAAAUUAAAUGUACUUGGUACGAUUUGAUAAAACUAGAUCCACUUUCUGUCAUUAACGGACUCAAUCGAUUUAUAUCGCAAGUACGCAUCGUGGAUAGUUAUUCCUACGGUGAAUGGCAAAUUGAUAUUUUCCCCGUUUUGCAUACUUAUUUCCCCAAUUUAUCUCGUCUCCUCGUCAAUUCAUCAAGUUCUUCGAAUUGGUUAAAAUAUCGGAAAAGCAAUGCUAUUACCGGACUAACAUUAUAUUAUGAGGCAGGCCACCACGAAUCAGAAAUCGCUACUAAUCUUCUCUCUAGUGCCAAUAAUCCUAAGCGAAUCAGUCAUAAAUUAGUGUCUACCAACGCAAAGCUUUUUAAUUUAUUCCAUCUAGAUAAUAUGCCUAACUUGACAACUUUGACUCUCAAUAAUUACCAUUUCAAUUGGGAGAAUGAUGCAAGCUCACAUCUAACUCAUUUAAGUAAACUAUCCCUUAUUGAUUGUACGUGGGAAUACCCGUUUGAUUUAAGUCAGUUUAAUAUAAAUAAUUCCUUGACUCAGUUGCUCAUCCAGUAUACAAAUAAUAACUCAUUCAUAUUACUGGAACGAUUCACUAAAUUCCUAGAAAAUCCAACAAAUUUUCAGCGGACUGCUAUACAAGAAUUAUCGAUUUUGUUCACCAAGUUUGAUACUUCGUGGCUUAAACCUUUAUCAACCAAGCAAUUAGCUAGGUUCAUUGGAGAUAAUUUCCCUAAUUUGAUAUACCUAAGACUCUCCGGAUGGCUCUUGAAUUUGAAAAACUUUAAUUCUUACAUGAGUUUACUCGAGGAUAAUAAUUUGAAAGUACUAGACCUUUGUAUUACUGAUUCCUCAUCGUCGACCGAUCGUGACAAUUUAAUUCACAACAUUCUUCAGCAAUCAAGAACGCAUUUUCCUUGGAUGAAGUUAGCUUUACGAACUUCACUCUAUCACAGUUCACCCCACUGA